UGAUAAUGAUAGAGCAGAGCUCCUCCACCUCGUCUCCUUUUUGCUGUUUUGCUGCUCCCCUCGAACCGGAGCCACGCUCGCUUGCCGCCGCCGCCGCCCUGAUUCCCCCCUCCCUCCCUCCAAGCCCCACCAGUCCCCCGCCGCGGUCGAGGGGCUAGUCUGCGCCGGCGACCGGAGAGGAGGAGUAUUAUAAGCAGCCCUGAAGCCAAAAUGGCAGCCUUGCCACUGGCCACCGCGGAGGCCUGCGACGCCAACUCGCACAUGAUCACCAGCGGCGAGCUCCGCGCGCUGCAGCCCGUCUUCCGGGUCUACGGGGGCCGGCGGCUCUUCGCGGGCCCCGUCGUGACGGUGAAGGUGUUCGAGGACAACGUCCUGGUCCGUGGCAUCCUGGAGGAGAAGGGCCAGGGCAGGGUCCUGGUGGUGGACGGCGGCGGGAGCCUCCGCCGCGCCCUCCUGGGGGGCAACAUCGCCAUGCUGGCGCAGAACAACGGGUGGGCCGGCAUCGUGAUCAACGGCUGCGUCCGGGACGUCGACGAGAUCAACGGGUGCGACAUCGGCGUGCGGGCUCUCGGCUCGCACCCGGUCAAGUCGGACAAGAGGGGGAUGGGCGAGAAGCACGUCCCGGUCACCGUCGCCGGCGCCAGGAUCUGUGAUGGUGAGUGGCUCUACGCCGACGCCGACGGCAUCCUCGUCUCCAGGACCGAGCUCAGCGUGUAGUUCCUCUCUGUGUAUACAUUUACUUGUGUGUAAAAUGAUGUAUGCAUGAAUGAAGUCAAAUAUGUCUUAGAUACAUCCAUUUCUUUGACAAAUAAUUUCGGGACGGAGACAGUGGAUGUUUGUACUGCACUGUCACAAUGUGUUUUAUGUUC